GUAGCACACUCACAAUCGAGUUUGAGUGUGACCGAAACUUCACUGUGGGAGUGAUGGAAGAUCGUAAAGUCUAUCGAACAGUCGUUGAGGGAGAAGCUUCAGAAUCCGACGACGAUGAUGCUGAUAAAUGUCCAUCAGCUACAGAUGCACCACAGGGGGUGGUUGUCUCUGGAGAGGCACCCGAAUCAGACGAAGAAGUUGAUACAAGUAAUCAAAACAACCAAGAGCUGCCUGUUCUAAAAGUUGAUUUUCAGAAAUGUGAAACUGACCAGGCGAUUGAUCCAUCAAAGCUUCCUACACUAGAAACAACAAGGAUGGUAACUAGCAGGCCAAAGUAUGAUACGUUACUUCACAGAAAACUGAGGGAGAAAAAUCUUGCAUUCCAUCAUCAUCUGGUUGAGAUAGGAAGUCAAGCUUACUUGUCAUCAGCGAAACAGCUACAGAACAUUACACAAAACCUGCUGAAAUCACAUAAAGCUAUUCAGGAUAUUUCCCACAACAUGCGUCUUUUAACAAACGACUUGUUUCACCUGGAAGACAAGAUUGACAUCAUUGCAACUUGCCAUCUUCUACCAGACAUCAAUAUAUCUAAAUGAGACCGACCCUUUCAAAACAUUCAUCUUUUGACUAUUUAUUGUACAUUUAAUAUUAUUGUUACAGUUCAUGUAUAAUACAUUGUUAUUGCAUUAAACAAAGCAUUUUAAUAUCUUAAGAGUA